CGAGAACUGACAGUCAUUCGUUAGUCUGCGCCGCGCCACGACGAGACGAAGCGUUGUAAAAUAAUAACUGUGCAUAAACAAGUAUAAAUACAUAAAAGUUACGAUUCAACUCGACACAAUUAGUAAACAUGAUUGGGACUAGUUUUAUAUACUGGGUUUUUAUUGUUAUCCUUGGCAGAGCUUCAUGUGAAGUAGGAACGGAGAAACCAUGUCGACACCGACGUUACAAUGGGACAUGCACAACCUUGAACGCCUGCCCGUUUGUUGUAGCAAUAUUGAACAUAGGCGAUAUCCCAAUGUUAACGCAAAUUGUCUGCGGCUAUGAGGGAAAUGUACUAAAGUUCUGUUGUCCAUCAUCAGACAGGAUUGUGUUUGAAGAUAAUAAUCCAAAUGUCCCAUCUGUAACCCCAAAAAUAGAAAUUACGACUAGAUUUGCUCCUGAAGCUGAGACUUCGGAGGACAGAAAAAUGAAUACUAUAGUAUCAAAGCGUCCAUUAUUUCCUGACAGGACUGUAUGUGGUAAACAUGAGUUUGAUUUCGAAGACAGAAUUGUGGGCGGUGAUUUAACCAAGAUUGGCGAAUUUCCCUGGAUGGCACGAAUUAAAUCUAAACAAGGAUCACAAGAUAAAUAUUUCUGUUCAGGAAGUCUAAUAACGGAUCGUCAUGUGUUGACUGCUGCACAUUGUUUAAAAAGUGAUGUGUUGUCUGUGCGGUUAGGAGAAUGGGAUGAAUCAACAGAACUGGAUUGUCAGGAUGGUAUCUGCAGUAAUGAUACUAUUGAUGUUGACAUAGAAGCAGUUAUACUUCACCCCAAGUUCAAUAAGAGUAACAAAGUCUACGAUAUAGGAAUAAUAAAGCUUGCUAAGCCCGUUAACUUCACAGAUACCAUCAGGCCAAUAUGUUUACCGUCCUCUCCGUACGUUUCAAGACUGGAUAAUUCAUUUGACAUCGAUUAUAUAGCUGCAGGAUGGGGACUAACAGAAUAUCAAAAAACAUCUCAAAUAAAACGCAAAGUAACAUUAAGAAGUGUGAAAACUAGCUUUUGUGAGAACCUCGGUUUCCCUUCUUGGCUGCAAGCUGACUUAGAACAAUAUAUUAUUUGCGCGGGUGGAGAAAAGGGUAGGGAUACUUGCUUAGGAGAUUCCGGUGGUCCCCUAAUGAGAGAAGUCCGAGAGGAUUCGUCUUCUAACUGGUAUUUAUUUGGUAUAACGAGCUUCGGCCAAACGAAAUGUGGGAGUGAAGGUUAUCCCAGUGCAUAUACCAGAGUUUCAAAGUACAUGGAUUGGAUACGACAAAAUGUGACAUAACAACAUCGAUGAAUAUAGCUUAACGCAAACCAGUAUUUUAUGUUAUAAAGUUAAUUUAUUUACUAAA